UGCACUUCACCUUUAUAAAUAUCUACCGGUGUCCCUUGAUAUGGAUAGUGUCAAACAUGCAAACAUCAAAUGCUACGUCGCUCACCUCUCGCCACGUAGCUGUCAUCGGAGCCGGCGCCGCCGGUUUAGUGGCGGCACGUGAGCUCCGGCGUGAAGGUCACCAAGUGGUUGUCUUUGAGAAAGAUAGCCAAAUUGGUGGGACAUGGGUGUACAAUCCACAGGUCGAAACCGACCCUCUUGGGCUAGACCCGACCCGCCACAUCGUCCACACCAGUUUAUACAAGUCCCUCCGGACCAACUUGCCGAGAGAAUCGAUGGGCUUUAUGGAUUAUCCAUUCGUGACCCGAGCGGGUGAAGGGCGCGACCCUAGAAGGUUCCCGGGUCAUGCAGAAGUGUUGAAGUAUCUGCAAGAUUUUGCAAGGGAGUUUGGGAUUGAACAAAUGGUGAGGUUUGAGUGUGAAGUGGUUAGUGUGGAGAUUGUUGAUAAUGAGAAAUUGAAAGUGAAGUGUAAAAGGAUGAGACCUGAUGGUGGUGAUGAUGAUCUGCUAGAUGAGGUUUUUGAUGCUGUUGUUGUUUGCAAUGGACAUUUCACACAGCCUCGUAUUGCUGAAAUCCCUGGCAUCAACUUGUGGCCCGGAAAGCAAAUACAUAGCCAUAACUAUCGUACUCCUGAACUCUUCAAGGAUAAAGUUGUAAUUUUAAUUGGCAGUUCUGCAAGUGCUAUUGAUUUAUCCCUUGAGAUUGGUGGAAUUGCCAAAGAGGUGCACAUGGCAUCUAGAUCAGUUGCCGAUGAUACAUAUGAAAAGUGGGCUGAAUGUGAUAAUAUGUGGCUACAUUCUAUGAUAAAAAGCGCACAUAAAGAUGGUUCCGUGGCUUUCCAGGAUGGUAACACUAUCUUCGCUGAUAUUAUUCUGCAUUGCACUGGGUACAAGUAUUGCUUCCCAUUCCUCAAAACCAAUGGCAUUGUGACUGUGGAUGACAAUCGUGUUGGACCACUCUACAAGCAUGUUUUCCCACCCAUUUUGGCCCCACAGCUUUCCUUUGUCGGACUACCCUACAGGAGUUUACCUUUCCCAAUCUUUGAAAUUCAAAGCAAGUGGAUUUCUGGUGUUCUAUCUGAUCGAAUUGUGCUCCCUUCACAAGAGGACAUGAUGGAAGAUGUUAACACCUUCUACUCGACACUUGAAGAUUCUGGUGUGCCUAAGCGUCACACUCAUAACAUGGCGGACACAAUGAUUGACUACAAUUGUUGGGUUGCUUCUCUGUGUUAUUGUCCUUGCUUUGAAGAAUGGAGAGUGCAAAUGUUCUAUGAAACGGCCAAGAGAUUGAAGGCCAACCCAAAGACAUUUCGUGAUGAAUGGGAAGAUGACAACCUGGUCUUGCAAGCCUGUAAAGAUUUCAGCAAAUACAUCUGAAAAAUGUUGUUAAUGGUAGCAUCAAGUUCCUUUUCUUUUUCAGGUCACUGACUACCAACUUUAGAGCAAAGAUUCCAAGAGAAACGGCCAAAGAGAGCUGUAUGGCAGGGUGGGAUACCAUAAACGAAAAAUACAUUUGGGCAUGCAUCUGCAUGGUUUUAUCCUUGUGCAUCUUACUGGGCCUACGCCAUUCACAUUCCCGCUCUCCCUUCAGAGUACUGUCAGCGUUGGCUGACAGUUGGCUGCGCUGAAGUAAUGCCCUAGGGCUGCCUCAGCAACAUCUACCGGACCAUCAACCUGUUCAAUUCAGAAAUAACAAUACACGGACUGCAAUAGCCGAAGAGAAAUUUUGGAAUCUGACCAGUGACUUAUACUUCGAACAUAAAAGUCUUAAUUAUCCCCUAUUUGUGAAUUAUAUAAAAGUCUAAACAAGCUUUCAAUUAGCUAGAGUCCAGUUUUGUUUCGAAAA